ACUUUUCUUGUAAAACGAUUAAAGCUGGUAUAUGAUAUCAAAAAUAAAACAAAAAAAAUGAAAGUGAUAUAUAGAUAAGACUUUAAAGAUACUUACAAAUGAGUUAUAAAGUCUUUUGGUUCUAUAUAUUCAACUCACUUGCAACUAUGAGAGAGUAAACCGACACAAUAACAACAACAACAACAACAAAAAAAAAAAAAAAAAAGGCCAACGUUCAGUGAUCUAGGCUAUGAAGAUUACAAAACCACAUGUGGCCAUGUUCGCUAGCCCCGGAAUGGGCCACAUCAUCCCGGUGAUCGAGCUCGGAAAACGCUUAGCUGGUUCCCACGGCUUCGAUGUCACCAUUUUCGUCCUUGAAACCGACGCAGCCUCAGCUCAAUCUCAAUUCCUUAACUCACCAGGCUGCGACGCGGCCCUUGUUGAUAUCGUUGGCCUCCCAACGCCCGAUAUCUCCGGUUUAGUCGACCCAUCAGCCUUUUUUGGGAUCAAGCUCUUGGUCAUGAUGCGUGAGACCAUUCCUACCAUCCGGUCAAAGAUAGAGGAGAUGCAACACAAACCAACGGCUCUGAUCGUAGACUUGUUUGGUUUGGACGCGAUACCGCUCGGUGGUGAGUUCAACAUGUUGACUUAUAUCUUCAUCGCUUCAAACGCACGUUUUCUCGCGGUGGCUUUGUUUUUCCCAACGUUGGACAAAGACAUGGAAGAAGAGCACAUAAUCAAGAAGCAACCUAUGGUUAUGCCUGGAUGUGAACCGGUUCGGUUUGAAGAUACACUUGAAACAUUCCUUGACCCAAACAGCCAACUCUACCGGGAAUUUGUUCCUUUCGGUUCGGUUUUCCCAACGUGUGAUGGUAUUAUUGUGAAUACAUGGGAUGAUAUGGAGCCCAAAACUUUGAAAUCUCUUCAAGACCCAAAGCUCUUGGGUCGAAUUGCUGGUGUACCGGUUUAUCCAAUUGGUCCUUUGUCUAGACCGGUUGAUCCAUCUAAAACUAAUCAUCCGGUUUUGGAUUGGUUAAACAAACAGCCGGACGAGUCGGUACUUUACAUUUCAUUUGGAAGCGGUGGCUCUCUCUCGGCUAAACAACUAACCGAAUUGGCUUGGGGACUUGAGAUGAGUCAGCAACGGUUCGUUUGGGUGGUUCGACCCCCGGUGGACGGUUCAGCUUGCAGUGCAUAUUUAUCCGCUAACAGUGGUAAAAUACGAGACGGUACACCUGAUUAUCUCCCGGAAGGUUUUGUUAGCCGGACUCAUGAGAGAGGCUUUAUGGUCUCUUCUUGGGCUCCCCAAGCGGAGAUCUUGGCCCACCAAGCCGUAGGUGGGUUUCUAACUCACUGCGGUUGGAAUUCGAUUCUCGAGAGCGUCGUUGGUGGCGUUCCGAUGAUCGCGUGGCCACUUUUUGCGGAGCAGAUGAUGAACGCGACACUCCUCAACGAAGAGCUUGGCGUUGCCGUCCGCUCUAAGAAACUACCGUCGGAGGGAGUGAUUACGAGGGCGGAGAUCGAGGCGUUGGUGAGAAAGAUCAUGGUGGAGGAGGAAGGUGCUGAGAUGAGAAAGAAGAUAAAGAAGCUGAAAGAGACCGCUGCCGAAUCGCUGAGUUGCGACGGUGGAGUGGCGCAUGAAUCGUUGUCAAGAAUCGCCGACGAGAGCGAGCAUCUUUUGGAGCGUGUCAGGUGCAUGGCACGUGGUGCCUAGGAACGCUUACCGUUUAUAGUAUGUUACUUAUAAACUGCGUGUCGUUUUACCCUUUUGGGUAUCUUGUAUUAUAUAGUUUCCGAGUCUUGGUUGCCACAUGGUAUCACGUGGUUUUGUUUUGGUCAAUGCUAGUCCCUAUCAGUAAUGUAUUUUACAAUGUAAAAUAAAUAAUUAGUGUUUAAUUUGUAUAAUAAGUAGCUCCUUUUUUAAUUGCUAAGUCUUCGGUUAUUUAACGGUAACAAAUAUGGUUGUAUAUGAUUAAUAUUUAAUACUUGACGUCAAUAUGAAACGGUGAAUUAAAAUCA